UUCCAUGACUUUUUUCGAGCAAGCGGAAAUGGUUGGUCCGCCAUAAUCGUGUGGGUCUGUGCUUGUGUGGUUUUGGGUGUCUUACCGGUGCCAACCAUUAUUUUUAAUUAGUAGUAAGUUAUGCGUAUGAAUCCAGACAUGGACGAUGACGAGAAGGGAAAACUGUUCGUGGGCGGGCUAUCAUGGGAGACGUCCCAGGAGAACCUGCAGCGGUACUUCUCCCGCUACGGCGACGUGAUCGACUGCGUCGUGAUGAAGAACAGCGAGUCGGGCCGCUCCAGGGGCUUCGGCUUUGUGACCUUCGCCGAGCCCUCAUUGGUCAACGUGGUGCUGCAGAACGGGCCGCAUCAGCUCGACGGCAGGACGAUCGACCCCAAGCCGUGUCACCCGCGCACGAGCCAUCACGAUGACAAUGCUGCAGGAACCAUCGAUCCGAAGCCGUGCAACCCGCGCACCCUUCAGAAGCCGAAGCGAGGAGGGGGGUACCCUAAGGUGUUCCUUGGUGGUCUCCCGUCCAACAUUACGGAGACUGACCUGCGCGUUUUCUUCGGCCGCUACGGCAAAGUGAUGGAGGUCGUCAUCAUGUACGACCAGGAGAAGAAGAAGUCUAGGGGUUUCGGAUUCCUGUCCUUCGAAGAAGAGAUUUCCGUCGAGCGUGUGACCCAGGAGCACUUCAUCAACCUCAACGGGAAACAGGUGGAGAUCAAGCGCGCCGAGCCGCGCGACGGGUCCGGCAAGCUGGGCUCGGGCGGCGGCGGCAUGGGGGGCGGCAUGGGCGGCGGCCCGGGCGACGGCUCCGGCGGCGGCGGCGGCCAGUGGGGCCCGCCCACCCCGGCGCCCAUGUCCAUGAUCCAGGGCCACAACGGACAGAUGGGCGGCCCGCCGAUCAACAUGCCGAUGGCUGGACCCAACAUCAUGCAGGGAUACCAGGGCUGGGGCACUUCCCCCGGCCAGACGUCGUACGCCGGCUACGGAGCGGCGGGCGGCGGCGCCGGCCCCGGCAGCUACCAGGGCUGGGGCGCCCCGCCCGCGCCCACCGCGCCCCCGCACGCGCCCGCCUGGCCCGCCACCAACAACUACACGCAGCACACGCAGCCGCCGGCCCAGGGAUACGGCAGCUACGCUAACUACAGCUCAGCGCCGGCUGGCGCGUCCGCCGGUGGCACUUGGAACAACUGGAAUAUGCCGCAGAACUCGAACUCGACCGGUUCUGGCUCGUACGUGCCUCUCUCUGAAGGCGGCGAGAUGUACGGUCGCGGCGGCGGCGGCGCGGGCGGUGCCGGCGGGGCCCCGGGCGCCCUCGCCACGGCUCUGUCGGCCGGCGCGGCGCUGUCCAAGUCGUCGUCCGCCGACUACUCGACGUACCAGCAGUACCCGCCGGCGUACCAGCAGGACCAGGGCUCAUCGUACGGCGGCGGCGCUACCAGGGCUGCAUACAGCGGCGGCGAGUUCCACGCGACGGCCGGCGCGGCGCAGCCUCCAGAGGGCGACGGCGUGUGCAGCGCGACUGGCAGUCCCAAGUUCGUGAGCAUGCCGCAAAACAUGCUCGAAGCGAUCGGCACGCCACCCCAGCAGGUUCAAAUGAUGUACUGCAGUGGAAUGGUGUCUCCGCAACCGUCCUUCUGUAACGCAUCAGACGUAUCCCCUACGGCAUCAGGUGAUGAUUACGAAUACACGGGCGGCUCGGGCGACGGCUACCAGAAGUCGAAGCGAAGCUACUCCUCGUCCGGAGGCACCACCGCCUCGUCGUACCAUCCUUACAGGCGCUAGGCCGUGACCCCGACCGCGUUCAUUGAAACACGUGACCACCGGUAAGACAAGCUAAAGUAACAAACUAUCAGUAACCACUUACAACACACAAUCUUUUGUAUGUUAAUUUACGUAAAGACUAGUUUCGUCCGACAAGAAACCGCGUGACGUUUUUCAUGGCGCGAGCUCAGCCGACCUCCGACGCAGCUCUGUACGCCUGGUACCAAGACGGCUGGUGAUCUUGUAAAAUAAUUCUUAUUGUAUUGUUUUUUUUUUCUACGAACGCGAAUCAUUGAGUUUGUAAAAUGUCUUUGUGGAAACCAGUUUAUAAGAAACCUUUCCGUUGGCGUUCUCGGGUUGCUAGUGGAUUGUGUGUAAAUAAUGAUAACAGGGUGAUUCGUUAUUAAAAUUGUCUUGACUAGUAGUAUGUAGAAGAUAAGACAUGUCUGCUUCAUAUAAUUAUGGCACUGAAGGUUACUUAUAAACUGAGUGCUGCUUUUAGGUUAGUAGAAUAGUUUUAGUUAACUUUUUGACGUUUUUCUGUAGUUACAUUUAGUAAUUCUCGGACCAGUGAAAAUUAGACCUUACUGUUGUUAAACAUUAAUGCUACUCUUCAUAUUGUACCUACAACAGAGCAAAUAUAAUUUUAAUAUAAAACUUACCCAUAUUUUGUAGGUAACACAAUUUUUCUAUACUUCUACUACAUAUUUCAAAUUGACUUGUAUUUUUCUAUUACUCUUUGCUAGUUUGAGCGUUGCAUAACAUAAACCAUGAUAUGAAUGGUUGUAAAUUGUUCUGUGAAGUCUAAAACGACAACUUAAAGUUGUAACUGCUAAAAUAUGUAUACUUUAGGUACUGACCUAUUCAAGUUACAAUGGUAGUUUACUUAUUGAUUAGGUAUAUAGACAAAUCAUGUUUAAAUUCCACCGUAAAGAAAUAAGAUGCAUUUACAUAGAUAGGAUAAAAUCUGAUUAGAAUGCCUUUCCAAAUAGAUGUUGCAUAAUGAACUUUUAUUUUUAAUUCAUACACAAUAGAGAACUGGAGAUUCUCGAAUAUGUUUGUGUGUUUUUAAACGUAAUGUUUCCAUGUAUCAUCUCAUAUUGAGAGUUCAUGUAACUGUAUCAAACAUACUUAUAUAGCACGGGCUGUGCCAGUGAUAUAUUUAUAUAUUUCCGUCUUGGCAGAGUACCUACCUUUUGUCAUGUUUCGUGUAACUUGUUUACUUGAAUAAAAAAGUAAAUAGAAAACUACUUUUAUUUAAAAUUCAAACGUUUUGAGGGGACUUCGGAAAGACUUGGGCGUAGAUCAUGAAACAAUAUACACAUAUUUUUAUAAAUAGCAUUUAUUUUUGAGUCUUUUUAAAAUUACAUUUAUAAAGCGGGCAGGAAGGCCAAUAAUGACAUCGCAUAAGAACAAUCGGAAUGGAUCAAAGUAUGUAUUAAAUGUAAUUUAAAAUUAAUAUUUAUACUUACCUACUUAUAAUAACAAUGUAACAUAUAAAAUAUAUUGUAAUGUAUAUUAUUAUAAUUUUAAAGAUGUUGAUUAUGGCUACAAGUUCGGACAAUAACAUGCAGUCAAAAGUAGGUCAAUAUUAAUAUUUUAGAAAUUAUUCUAGAUUUAAUUAUGCACCUAUUUUUAAUAAUUUAGGCACUAAAAUUUAAGAGGUUUAAUAAUUAGAUCAGGAAUUAAGUUAAAGCAGUUCUUUAUGUGGACCAUAGCGUUAAUCUACCGUUUAUUACCUCAAAUAGGUAUUCAUUUUUAUCUUUAUGUAUUAUUUUAAGUUAUAAAUUUCGUCUUAUAAUUUUUAUUUUUAACUGUCCUCGCAUUAGUUUGGCCUUUACGGAAAAUUCUUAUGUAUAAUACGUUAAAAUAAAUACUAUAAUGAUAAUAUCAA